AUGAUUAAAGUCGUUAAAAAAAAUAAAGUGCUAAGCAGAGAGGAAUUAGAAGCUUUAGAGAAAAAUGACUUAAUUAGCAGAAUUUUACAGCUUGAGGCUUACAAUUUCCAACUAAAACAGAUUAUGGAAAAAAAUGCAAACGUAAAAGAUGUACAAAAAUCUCACUCUUCAAAAAGGAAGUUUGAUUUUUCAAAAUGUCACAAGAGGCACAUUCUUUUAAAGCUUUAUUACUUGGGAUGGGAAUAUCAAGGGUUUGCUACUCAAGAAAAUACAACAAGCACCAUUGAACAUCAUUUAUUCAAUGCAUUGAUACAAAGUUGUUUGAUACAGAGCAGAGAAACGUCUAACUACCAUCGCUGUGGUAGAACAGACAAAGGUGUGAGCGCAUAUUCUCAAGUGAUAUCCUUGGAUAUUAGAAGUUCACAGACCCCAAAUGAACAGAAUGAUUUGGAUAAUUUUAAGAAAGAAAUAAAAUACUGUAAAAUUUUGAACAGGCUUCUGCCAAAAAAUAUUCGUUGUCUGUCAUGGUCUCCUGCAGCACCUGAUGUAUCAGCCAGAUUUGAUUGCAAAUGGAGAUGUUACAAAUAUUUUUUUCCCAGAGGAAACAUGAAUAUAAGUGCUAUGAAUGCUGCUUUAAAAUAUAUGAUUGGUAGCCAUGAUUUUAGAAAUUUAUGUAAAAUGGAUGUGGCAAAUGGUGUUACUAGUUAUAUUAGAAAUAUACUCGAAGCUGAAAUAACUUGUGCAACGAAAGAAGAAAGUAAUGAUAUCAUGGGUUAUGACAUGUGCACAUUAACAAUUAAAAGUAAUGCUUUCUUAUGGCAUCAAAUUCGUUGCAUAGUAGGGAUUUUGUUCCUUGUUGGUCGUGAACAAGAAACACCUGAAAUUGUACAAGACCUUUUGGAUAUUGAAAAGUGUCCGUGCAAACCACAGUACAGUCUAGCUCAUUAUACUCCUUUGAAUUUAUUUUAUUGUGAAUAUGACAAUACUCAUUGGUAUACUGACAUAACUGAACUUGAAAAAGUUAUAAAAGAUUUACAAGAAGAAUGGACUAAUGCAUCUGUCAAGUGUGCCAUGACAAGAUGUAUGCUAAAUGAUUUAGGAACAUUAUUCGCAAAAGAAAUUAGCGAUGUCAAUUUUCAACCUGAUAGCUUAUUACAAGGGUCUGAGGCUAAAGUUUAUAAGCCAUUGAUGCAGCGGGACACCUGUGAAAGCCUUGAGAAUCGAAUCGAGCAUUACACGAAAAAACGCAGACUCGAAAAAACAAGUCAAUAG